AUGAAGCUCGACCCCAAAUCGAUUCGGUACCUCACGGUGGAGGACUUUCGCGUUCUCUCGGCGGUUGAACAAGGUAGUCGCAACCAUGAGAUCGUGCCGACGCCUUUGAUUGCGCAGAUCUCCCGGCUGCGCGGGGGUAGCGGCGUGCAGCGGUCGAUUUCGAACCUGGCGAAGACGAAUCUGAUCGCUAAGGUGAAGAAUGCUAAGUAUGACGGCUACCGCCUCACCUACGGCGGCCUGGACUACCUGGCGCUGCACGCACACCAGAAACAGAAGGUGAUCUACUCGGUCGGCAAUCAGAUCGGCGUCGGCAAGGAAUCGGACAUCAACGUGGUGGCCAACCACGAGAAGCAGCAGUGCAUCCUGAAAAUCCACCGGCUGGGCCGCAUCUCGUUCCGCACCGUCAAGACCAACCGCGACUACCUGCGCCACCGCACCUCGGCCUCGUGGAUGUACAUGUCGCGGCUGGCGGCCAUGAAGGAAUUCGCCUUCAUGAAGGCUCUCCGUGAGAACGGCUUCUCCGUCCCCGAGCCCAUCGCCCAGAACCGCCAUACCAUCGUCAUGAGUCUGAUCGAUGCGUUUCCCUUGCGCCAGAUCUCCCGGGUGGCGGAUCCUGCCGGUCUGUAUGCCGAGUUGAUGGAGAUGAUCGUGCGGUUUGCGCGGUUUGGGUUGAUUCAUGGUGAUUUUAAUGAGUUUAAUAUUUUGGUGAAGGAGGUUGUUGAGGGGGAGAGCGAGGGGAAGGGGAAGGGGCGUGAGGGUGACGAAGAGGACGAAGAGAAUAUCACGCUGGUGCCGGUCGUCAUUGAUUUCCCUCAGAUGGUCUCGAUCGACCACCCCAAUGCCGAGAUGUACUUCGAUCGCGAUGUUAACUGCAUCAAGCGGUAUUUCUCGCGCAAGUUUCACUUCGUCAGUGAUGUGCCGGGCCCGUUCUUCGCCGACGCGAAGAAGCAGAUGAUGCUCAAUCCCGGGAAGCGGUUGGAUGUUGAGGUCGAGGCGUCUGGGUUCUCGCGGAAGAUGGCCCGUGAGCUGGAGAGUUAUAUGCAGGAGGUGGGGGCGACGGGCGAUGGUGGUAGUGAUCGGGAGGAUGGCGAUGAGGAUGGGGAGGAUGAGGAGGAAGAAGAAGAGGAGGAGGAGGAGGAGAAGGAGGAGGAGAAGGAGGAUCGGGAGUCACAGUCGGAUGAGAUUGAUGAGAGUUCUCGACGGCUGGGCAACAUGAAGGUGUCGGAGGGAGGACAGUAG